CCGUGGCCAGAACUGGCCGAUCAUGGCUGGAAGGAAUGUCGCAACCUCGUCCCGACGCUGAGCCAACGUGAGAUUAGCCCAUCGGGCGGCGCAUCGCUACCUGGACGGGGAUCGGUGUCACAGAGCCCUGCAGGGCUUUUCCAUAGAGUUUGAGAAGUGUUCUUUUAGGAAGAACGCUGGACUUCCUGGUACAGGAUCAUGGAUAUUAUCGUGCCCGUUUCGGCCGGGGAAAUACCCGCAGCGAUGUAAAUCAACGCGUACACGCUCGAGUCCGGACCAAAGGUGGGUUUCUGUCCGCCGUCCCGAGGAAACCAUAGGAAGAUCGAACUUGUUCAUGGUAUCAUAUCUACUGUCUGUCAGCGGGACGUGCUGCGGGCUGACUGGCGCUAACUGUGUUUUUCAAAAAGUGGCCGGUGCCGGGUAGAAGAGGUACGCCGGUGCACAGUUUCUUUACCGGGCACUUACAGGUCAUGAUUGCCUGUAGGAGAGGCCCAGUGGAGAUCAAGCCUAGCUACCUGGAAGCCCGCCCCUUACGGGCCACGCCCUGCCCCCCCCCACCGGCCUCCGACCAUGACGUCUGAAACGGAGCAGGGUGCGGCGGCCAGACUCGCGCAGGAACGUGCCGAUAUCGUCGCCAAAUAUGACAAGGGUAAGGAGGCCACUGUGGAACCCUGGGAGGACACAGACUUCCGCCUGUACAAAGACAUCGACCGCUUUGGUUUCCGCCAUGCGGAGGAGCUACCAUCCCACGAUGCGGUGGAAGAGAAGCAAAAGCACCUAGAGCUGGAGCGGACCUCCAAGUGGCUGAAGAUGAUGAAGAGCUGGGACAAGUACAAGAACAGUGAUAAGUUGUCUCGGAGGAUCUACAAGGGGAUCCCUCUGCAGCUCCGGGGGGAGGUGUGGGCCCUGCUGCUCGACAUCCCCAAGAUCAAGGAGGAAAAGAAGGACUUCUACGAGAAGCUAAAGAUCAGAGCUCGAGGACUGUCGCCCGACAUCCGUCAGAUCGACCUGGACGUGAACCGCACCUACCGGGACCACAUCAUGUUCAUGCACCGCUACGACGUGAAACAGCAGGCUCUGUUCCAUGUCCUUACAGCCUACUCCAUUUACAACACGGAAGUGGGCUACUGUCAGGGUAUGAGUCAGAUCACGGCGCUGCUGUUGAUAUACAUGAACGAGGAGGACGCCUUCUGGGCCCUGGUCAAACUGCUCUCAGGGCCCAAGCACUCCAUGCACGGGUUCUUCAUACCCGGCUUCCCCAAGCUGAUGCGCUUCCAGGAGCACCACGAGCGCAUCCUGAAGAAGAUGAUGCCCAAACUCAAGCAGCAUCUGGACACCCAAGAGGUGUUCACCAGUCUGUACACGAUGAAAUGGUUCUUCCAGUGUUUCCUGGACAGAACACCAUUCACUCUCACCCUAAGGAUCUGGGACAUUUACAUCCUGGAGGGCGAGCGUGUGCUGACGGCCAUGUCCUACACCGUCCUGAAGCUGCACAAGAAGCACUUGAUGAAGCUUGCCAUGGAGGAGCUGGUUGAGUUCCUGCAGGUCACUCUGUCCAAGGACUUCUUCCUGGAGGACGACCUGGUCAUCGAGAAUCUCCAGACCUCCAUGACCGAGCUGCGGAGGGCCAAGUUGGAGUUCCCCGCGCCAGGUAAAGAGGAGGAGUACCCCAAAAAACCACUUGGGGUGCUACCCCCAGAACCAGGGGCGGUGGUGAACGAUGCCGUGGCGACCCCCAUGGCCAACGGCGUGGGGUCGGGUCCCCUGCCGCACCGGGACCCCAGCCCCGUCCCCCCGGAGCGGCAGCCUGAGAGCCGGCCCCCCAGCCGGAUGCGCCGGGACUCCAUGGACAGGCUGAUGCGCCACAACAAGUCCGGGAGGAGGGAGGGCCGCCACCGGGGGUCCGGAGGGGAGACGGACGGCGGCUCCGCCUCCGCCUCCGCCCACCGGCGGUCGGCCGAGACGUCGGUCCCCCCCACCCCCACCAACCCCACUCCGGAGAGGGGGGCUACGCCCGCCCCCCCCACCCCGACCUCCACGCUGCUCCAGAUGGUCCAGGCCGGGGGCCGCGGCCACGCCCACGCGGCGGCCAACCACAACUCCAACGCGGCGUCCAGCUCCCGCCAGCCGCCCGUCGGCCCGCGCUGGGUCAAGCCCUCGGAGACCAAGCUGGAGGCGGCCAAGGCGGCGGCGGCGGCCCAGGAGGUCCGCCGCAGCCGGGGCUCCAGCCCCGACGAGGCCUCUGGCGCGGCGGGCCAGCGGCGGCCCCCGUCGCGGGGCCUGGUCCCGGGCGCCGACCGCGGCUCCAACGCCUCGCAGUACGACAACGUCCCCGAGACGGGGGGGCCCUCCGCCCUCGAGGUGGCCGAGCCGGACGGACCCCCGUCGCGGUUGAGGACUCCCCCCGUGGAGAGCCCCUUCCGCACUCCGUCCCCCCGCCAGCCCAGCCCCGUGCGGGCGCCCCCUCCCGGCAGCGGGGCGGGGAGCAUGGGCUCGCUAGUGCUGAGCCCCGGGGGGCCCCAGGCCCCCCGUAUGACCAGGCACCACAUCCCCCCGCCGCUGACCCUCACCAGCCCGCCGGGGGGGGGGUACCACUACCAGGCCGGCCCCCACCACGCCGCCCAGCCUGCGCCCCAGCAUCAGCAGCAGUACCCCCCCGGCCGCCAGGGCACGGCGCCUAACUUCUACCCCGGGGAGCCGGACCACCGGCUCGGAGACGAGAGACUCUACGGCCCCCCCCGGCCCCCCGGGGAGCGUGCCUACGCCACGGUGCAGCACCCCCACCCCAACCACCGCCACCCACAGGGCCUGUCCCCGGAGAACAACCACCCGUACGCCACCCACCAGCGGUACCCCCCCAACGGGAGCCGGGACCCCCGCAUCUUAGCCCCGCUGCCCAUGGACUCGGGGCAGCCCAUGCUCCGGGAGGGCUUCUUGUACCGCCAGCACCGUCACAACGGGCGGUCCGCCACGCCCCCCACACACCCCCAACACCACCACGUCCCCCACCACCACCAGCCCCAUGCGGACUACAGCCUGGUCGACGGGCAGCCGCGCCCGCCCGGUCGCCCCCAGGGGUCGGAGGGGGGGACGGGCCGAGACCCUCACUCCUCCUCGGGGGGCGUGCCUCGGUCCACCAGCUUCCAGCAGGCGCAGAUGUCGCCGCUGCAGGAGUUUGUUUUCCCCGACGUGGCGGCGCCACACUUCAGGACCCCGUUCCAGCAGCAGCCGCAGCAGCAGCAGCAGCAGCAGCAGCAGCAGCAGCAGGCGGUGAUGCAGCAGCAGCAGCAGGCGGUGAUGCAGCAGCAGUUCCCGGCGCUGUUUGGAGCUCCAGACUACCGCCACGCUCAGGAGGCCUUCGCCAUGCAGGAGUCCAUGCUGUUGUGAGGAGGGCGGCCGAGAGACCGAGAGAGACACACACGGAGAGGAAUGGUUUGAGGGGAAACAGGAAGUGAAAGGUGGACCGACGGAUGUACUGUGCUGGACGGGAGAGAUUUAGAGAAUAAGGUGAAGUCACUCACACUAUGGCAAUAGACAGGCUUUGAUUCUGACGUCGGUUAGGAUCGUCCUCGUGUGUUUUCGUUGGGGUUUGUUUCCGUUUGUUUGGGCGGUCGACUCUUUUGGUUAAGUUCCUCGUGUCGUUUUCUCUGUGUUGUCGGUUCGUUUUAAGUGUAUUGUUUGCUUUGCUGUGCUUUAUGUGUUAAAGUAGGGUUCUCGCUGGCUCCUCCACUGCACUGCGACGGUGCGGGUCAACCCAGCCUCCGGAAGUUUCCCCCGAUCACUGUAAACUAUGAAAUGAUGACGCAACGACCUGAACGGACCGAGAGAGAGAGCUAUUUUAUUUUUGGAUGUGAAAUCAUUGCGAGAGGUGACAUUAUAUAUGUAUCUUUAUAUAUAGAUAUGUAUACAAGUGUCUUUUUAGAGUCUUAAAUGUACAGUUACUAUUUUUUUGUUGUCGUCAUUACUGUAGUAAUACUGAGUAUUAAAAUCAGUAGGGGGCGGGCUGUACUCCCGGAGAGACAAAAAAAACACAUCCAUUCCUUUUCUUUUUUUAAUAUAUGUUUGCAACAGAUAAUUUACGUUAGUUUUGUCCGCCGUAUGCGCGUUGAUCUUAUUUUUAUGAAAGAAGAGUUUAUGGUUAAGCAACUAAUAUAAUAAUUUGUUUACUGAGAGUUGUGACUUCUAUUUUGACUUGAGUACAAGCACCUCCAAAUUAGUUAUUUUUCUUUGUCUGCUUUAUUUUUUAAUGAUUGGAAUAUUUUCCUUUUUGUCAUUGAGAUUAUUCUACCAUUGCUGUUUCAGCAAUGCUUGUUCUUGAUCUGCUGAUACAUUGGUGUACACAUGGAUACAUUUCAAGUAUGCAGGCUUGUGUCAAAUUUAGAUUUUGUUUUGCUUGAGAAAUGCCAAGGGCUGUUUUUGUAAGGGCUCUUAGAGAGAAAUUGUGUGCGUUUGUUUUGUCAACCCUUUCCUGAUUUGCAGUCUUAUAUUACUUACAGAACAUUAGCUGGACGUCAUUUUCAACACGCGUCACAUUCACGCAAACACGCACACCAUUACGUAGGCCUACAUUUAACUUGAGCAAACAUUAAAUAACAUUGUGUAUUACACUCCGUAUUCACAUGUACACUAACAGUGCCCCCUAGUCUUCAAUGUGUGAAUCACACAUUUCAGUCGCUAAUUGGCCAUAUGCCGUUAUUUCUCAUUAUUUGGCGUAACCCUAGUUGUCAACAGUAUUGCAGUACUGUUUUUAUUACAUUCCCAUUUUUUUAUCAUCAGACUAAUUUCCUUCACAAUUCUGAUUCUUUGUUUAAUAAAACAAGUUUGAUUGAAAUCAAUAAAUGACUGUCAUUGCCUUUGCGAUAGGCCUAUCCAUUAAAUAGCAUGGCCGUUGAUUCACAAAUGCGUGUGAACGCUGACAGCUGAAUGAAAAGCGCAAAGCAUAGUUGAAAAUGCAGAAAUGUAAAAUGAAUUGAACUGAAAGAAUGCACUGCACUGCUGAGAAACCUGAAGGGUCAAAUGUAUUACGCUGAUACAACAUUCACACUAACAACGAUUUAAAUAUCCAGAGUGUAAAUGCUGAGAUUUGCUUAAACUGGCUGACUAAGAUGUAUCUACAUUUAAUUUUCUACUUGUUGCUCUUUUCACAUUAAGCCCUUUAAGAAAUCCUCUUUAUCCUCUUGCCGGUUUCGUCCACUUAUUUGGUUAUUCCGCCCUCUGGUGGAGGAAAGUGUUCGUCGAGGGACACUGUGCUUGAGCCGGAAGAUGAAUUGUGUUUAUUCUAAAUGAUGAGAGCACAAACGCUACUCUAUUAAAAAAGGUCAUCCAGCGGCCACCCAAGUAGUUGUUACUGAAAUGUAUUCAUAUGGAGAUGAUUCAUUGAUAAGGAUUUGGUUUGGAUGAAACCUAAUGGGAAACCCAAACCCUAAUAGGAAACCCUUACCCUGGCCUUAAGGCAAACCCUUGAACAAAAAACUGAUCCUAAAAUCAGACCCUAAUAGGAAACCCUAAACCUAACCAAACACCAAACCCUUAAACCAUUGGUGCUCAAGGUGUGGCCCGCGGGCAAAUGGCGGGCCGCAGAAACAUUCCUGGUGGCCCGCAAUGACAUACAGAUGUAAGUAAAAAAUGUAUAUAUAUAUUAUUAUAUCAAUAUUAAUUUAAACAAAAAAUAUAUAUAUUAAGAGUAAAGUCGACUCUAAUUAAAUCCUGUUAUAUUUGUUAGUUUUAAUCCGACUGUACAUUACUUUGAAAGGAUGAACCUCAGUUUCAUGAUUUAGACCUCACUUGACCUCACUCCCAGAGGUCCACGGUGCAAUGUUUUUUUUCACCACUGGGAUGCUGACGGCGUUCCCGCUAAUUCUUUUUUCCUUUGGCGGCCCUCAGUCAAAUUUUUGGUUACUAAAAUGGCCCUCAGCUCUCACAACUUUGAGAACCCCUGCCUUCAACCAAACUUAUGUUUUUUUAAUUAAGGGCUGGUAUUUCUGGAUUUUUUAAUCUUCUCUUGGUUUUCUAUUUGGUUGGCAGGUCUUAACAGAAAGAUAACAAAAGUCUGCAAAUCAUUGUUUAAUCAUUCAAUGAAGUCAGUUCCAGGCAGUGACAUUUAAUCUUAUAUUUGUGACGGUCCACCAAGAGGUUAAACGGAGGCCUCUUUAUUAGCAUUAAAUGCUGUAUGUCAGUUGAAAUGAACAACUAUGAUCAUGCCUCAUUAUGAGUGGUAAUGUGAUCCAAACACAAGAUUUCUUUACUCAAAACAGACCUCAAGUCAAACCCAGUGUUAGACAUAGGCAUCGUUACUCUCGUCGGUUCCGAUAUCAAGAGCCAUUUAAACCACCAAAUACUUAAAGUAUAGUGUGGUGCAGCAGGCCGUCACCAGUACCGUUGCAAACCUCACGUACCGUCCAAAAUCUUGACAGUAAAGACCUCCUCCUCACCGUUCAUACAAAUACUGAUCACAUUCAUUCCCCUUUGGCAAAA